GCUCGCCUCACUUUUCACCUCGAGGCCCAAAGUGAGGCUUGCCCGAGGAGGCUUGAAGGGUCCUCGAGGGGCUGAGGCCGCAUAUGGUUCAUCUUAAGAACCGGAUGCCAUCCUCUCUCUCCAAUGUCGCGGACCGUUUUUGGGGCUCCUGGAACAGGCGGACGACCCGACGCCACGCUUUCCUUCGACAGACUCUCGGGAGUGUAUACGACAUGCGCCUACCUGCAAACAGUACACACACACCACCCAGGAGACCUGCCCUCCAUCCUUCAGCUAUUACCGCCCCCUCUAGGCAUUCUCCUCAGCGCCCGCUCGAUGUAACCCUUCUGAGAGGGCAACUCCGCUCCGGACGCCGUUAUUGCACCCGCAGCCGCACCCCAUCCGCCCGUUCCUCACACACACCAGCUGUCCGUCGUCGUUCGCCGCCACCACUACACCGCAACGCCCACGGCCACGGCCACACAUUGCAGAUCUCGCGCAACAUCUCGCGCUGCCCCUUGCAAUUUGCGUUCACAAAGUGGGAGGAAUCAAAUUGAGGUGGCGCACUCAAAUAGAACCACUGCAAAUCUGCCCCUCGAC